AUGAAUCCUGUCAAGAUUUUUGCUGAUUUGCUAGGGCAAUUUGGGGGCCUUAUGCGUCUCUUUGAUAAAUAUGGUUACAUCGACUACCUCUUCUUAGGGGAAUAUGUUGACCUAGGCCAACUCAGCUUGGAAAUGAUUAGUGUUUUGCAUGCAUUGAAGUUAUUGCUUGGGGUCGAGUAUCCACAAGAUGUACAUAUGAUUCGUGAAAACCCCGAGGCAGCAGAUAUUGAUGCUCUGUUUGGAUUCACGAUCGAGUGCACUGAACGGAUAGACGAAAGGGAUGAUAUUUGGGCUUGGCACAAAAUAAAAAGGUUGUUUAAUUGGCUUCCUUUGGCAGCUAGAAUUGAAAACAAAAUCAUUUGCAUUGCAUGGUGGCAUUUGUCGCUCUAUAAAUCACCUGGAAUUAACAUGAUCAGUAGUUCUUAUGGAUUUAUCAUGGAAGUCGCAUGUGAACCAAGGACACAGCACAUUGAUGCUCUUCUUGAUAUCAUUUGUGAAAGCUUCCUGGUUGAACUGUAUAUGUACCUCCAUAAUUUUGAAGUUGCUUGUCUCAAACUCGCUUGA